AUGGCCUCCGUAUACAAGUCAGUCGAGAAGAAAGUCAAUGGCUCCAGCAGCAGCAGCAGCAAAGAUAAACGGGUCAACAAGCAACGUGUCUUGAUGCUCUCCUCGCGUGGUAUUGUCUAUCGUUACCGCCAUUUGCUCACCGAUCUCGAAGGUUUGAUGCCUCAUGCCAAGAAGGAUUCGAAAUUCGACACAAAGAACAACUUGUUUGUUUUGAACGAGCUCGCUGAACUCAACAACUGCAACAACUGCGUCUUUUUCGAGGUGCGAAAGCGACAAGACUUGUAUUUAUGGAUGGCAAAGACUCCCAAUGGUCCCUCAGUCAAGUUCCACGUUCAAAACUUGCAUACCAUGGAUGAGCUCAAGAUGACUGGCAAUUGCUUAAAGGGUUCUCGUCCUAUUCUUUCAUUCGACAAGUCAUUCGAGUCAGCACCUCACUGGGCAUUGCUCAAGGAACUUUUGGCUCAAGUUUUCAAUGUUCCCAAGGGCUCUCGCCGAUCAAAACCCUUCUUCGAUCACGUGCUUUCAUUCUCUAUUGCAGACAACCGCAUCUGGUUCCGAAACUAUCAGGUUGUGGAGAAGAACAAAGAGAAUACUCCUGGAUUCACAAGCAAAGACAAGGGUGACAUUUCCCUCGUUGAGAUUGGUCCUCGUUUCUGUUUGACGGUGAUCCGUAUCUUUGAUGGCUCUUUUGGUGGUCCCACUGUUUACGAGAAUCAAGAGUUUGUGAGCCCCAACUUUAUCCGUGCUGCAUUGCGUAAAGAUAAGAUUCAAAAGUAUCAGAACCGACUUCAGGCUACGGAUGAACGCAAGGCCCGAAUUGCGGAUACCAAGAUGGAAGAAUCCGAAUUGAGCGAUCGCAAGGUCUUUCAAUAG